AUGCAUGACACUUUUUAUAACAAUAGUAAAUUAUCAGGAAGGGUUACUAACCCUAGAACAAGUCAUUUUAACUAUACCCAAAAAUAUGAUGAUGCAUUAAAUUCCGAAUGCAAAACAUCAACAAUAACAAAAUGUUCAAGUAAUAUAAAUACACCUAGUAUAUAUAAUGAGCAAGUUAUAUAUCAUCCAACGUUAGUACCUCGAGUAUCUGUUAUAAGUCCUUAUACUCCUGGUAUAAUUCAAAGAAAAUAUAAUUGUCUUAAUUCAUUUCCUUGUUUGCAUGCACCUAGUAAAAUAAAAGAUUCAACAAUGAAUAUAAAAUCAAACAACCCCAGCUCUAUAAGAUAUAUUAAUAAAUCUCCUUGUAUAUAUAAUAAUAAGGAAGCACUUUUAUUAGAUAAUUUUAAUCAAAAAUAUUGUAAUGACAAUAUUUUGUUAGUAGAGAAAAAUAUGGAUCAUCCUCAUGCAAACAACAAAAUAUUAAUGAGAUCAAAUAUGACACUAGACAAUAAUUUGCUUUUAACCAAAAAAAAUAAAAAAAUAAAUAAUGAUAAUUAUAGUAAUAGUAGAAGUAGUAGUAGAGAUCCAAAAUAUGUUAUUUGCGAAAAACAGAAAAAUGUGAAACAACAAUAUCUAAUGAAUGAACCGUUUAAAAAAAGAAUAACAAAAGUAAAUUCUCAUACAACAGAUAUGACAAACAAAAUUAAUGAAUUAAUUAAAGAAAAAAAUCAAGAAAUUAAAAAACUAGAAGAAUCUAUACAAACCGAAAUGAAUCUUAACAAAAUAGAAGAUGAACAUAAUGUAGAUAAUCAAAAAUUAAAAGAAGAACUAUUAGACCAAAAAAUUAAAUAUCAAGAAACAUUAAAACAUCUCAAAAAAGUAGAAACAGAAAAAAGAAAUCUAAAAAGUAAUCUAAAUGUUAGAGAUAGAGUACUAAACAAGCUGGAAAAAGAAGUCAGUUCAGUUGAUCAUGAGAAUGAGCUUUUGUUAAAAUUGAAGGAAAAUAAUGCAACCUUAGAUGAUGUUCAUCAUAUUUUUAAAUACCUGUAUGGCAAUGCUAAGAAUUUAGUUGAAAAGAAUUUAAAGGAAACACAAAAAAAAGAUAAUAAAAAUAAUACAUAUAAAGUGUUAUAUAACUCAAACCUAUUUAAUAAUAAUAAAAAUAAUGGACAUAAUAAUUUUGAUGAAAGGAACUCGGAUAACAAUAUUAAUGAUAACAUCAAUUCAGAUGAUGAUAAUGAUUUCGUUCUUAAGGAAAAAAAUUCUAUAAAAAAUGAACAUAAUAAUAAAAAAAACAAAAAUAGGAAUGAUUUGGAUAUACUAAAAACAACAGUUGUUGAAUUAGAAAAAGAAAUUAUCGAUUUAAAAGAAGAAAAUAAAAAUGUAAAUUUUAAGUAUGAAAAUACCUUUCAAGCUCUAAGCGAAUUAAGAAAAGAUACCUUAGAAUAUAUGGAAUCCAUUGUAUCUCGUGAUAUGAGAAUAGCUUAUAUGGAAAGUAUGUUACAGAAAUGUGAAAAGGAUUUAUCUAAAUUAAGAGAUCAAUAUACUAAACAACAAAUAAUUAAUAGACAACAGGUUGAGAAAUUUACAUCAGAAAUUAAAAUAGUAGAAAAACAAUCAUCACAUUUACAAUCCAUGAUACAAGAGAAAGAUUCACAAAUUGUUUUAUUAAAAAAAGAAAUCGUACGUAAUGAUAUGCUUAUCAAACAAUAUGAAGAACGAAACAAAGAAUUACAAAAGGAACUUAGAUUAAUGUGUAACAAUUUAGAAAAUGUAAUUGAAGCUUCAAAUAAAAAAGAUUUAUUUAUGAAUGAACUAGAAAAACAAAUAAGAGAAAAUGAAGUACAUAGACAACAUGCUUAUUUAAAAGAAGUAGCUAAAAAUAGAAAAAUUCAUGCUGAUAUGAAAUUUAAAGAAAUUCUAUAUGACAAAUCAUCAAAACAUCAGAGCGAUGAGUUACAUGAUUUAAAAAAAGAAUUAUAUUUAAAUCAAAUACAAAUGCAAAAAGCAAAAGAAGCUUUUCAAAUACUUAAAAAUGUACCCAAAUCAGAAACAAAAACUAAACAAAAAUGUGAAACCAAAGAUAUAGAAACGUCUUCAUUUAAUAAUUUCUCUGAAUAUAAAAAUGAAAAAGAAUCAGAAAAUAUGACAUUUGAAACUAAAGAUUCUACUGAUGCUGGAACUGAAUAUAAUAUUAAGAAUACUACAACAAAGAAGAAAAAAAAGCAAACAAAAUUAAGUGCAUGA